AUGGGCAUACUAAUUCCGAGAGCUGGCAGCUUUGGCUGUGCUAUACCCGAUCACCUUGAACAAUAUGGCAGCGACCCCUUCGUGGGGAAUCUCACAUUCUACCAAUUUAACAUGAUCGUAUCCGGAGGUUGCACUGUGAUAGUAUUAAUUUUGAUCUUUGGCCUGAUGGGGCGACAUGCGAUGCGGAUGAGUAACCCUAACGAACAACUUAAGAUAAUGCGAAUCUGCAAUCUCAUCCCCUCCUACCAAAUUCUAUCCUUCAUCUCAAUCUGUUUUCCAAACUCCUACAUCUAUCUACAGGGGUUCACAGAGGUGCUCCAGGGUGUGGCUCUAUACGCCUUCCUCAUGUUACUCUGCGAUUUCAUGGCUCCCGAUGAUAGAAGUAAAGUGAAGUUCUUUUCUUCCCUUGAGACAAACAGACAGUGGCAGCCGAAGAAAAAAAGGAAUGGUCUUGCGUUCUUGGAGUUGACUUGGUACUCCGUGCUUCAAUAUCCAGUCAUCACCUGGAUUACCGCGGUCUCCCAAGUAGUGACACAGUCACUACACGUUUACUGCCUCGACAGUACAGAGCCUCAUUUCGCUCAUGUUUGGCUCCAGGUAGUUACAUCGCUAUCGACAUCAGUAGCCAUCAACGCCAUACUCCAAUUCUAUAUGAAAAUGAAGGGAUACAUGACACAGCACAGGCCACUACUCAAGCUGAUGGCAUUCAAGCUGACCAUCGGAGUAAUUCUCUUGGAGAAGAUCCUUUUCCUCAUCCUUACGGGAACAAAUGUUCUCAAGCCCUCCGCCUCAAUGACCUACAUCGACGUACUGAUGGGCCUCCCUACAAUGGUAAUCUGCGUGCAGAUGGUCCCACUCUGUUUCCUUGUCCUCUACGCUUAUCGCACAGAGCCCUACGAGAUCAAGAUCUCACCGGGCACCCUCCGACCCCGAGAAUACCAGACCGUCGAGUCCGAUACCGACGAGGAGACCUUGAUGAGCGGCUUCCCGAAACGCUACCAAGGGGGUCGCUGGGGAUUGUAUGCCUGGGCUGUCUAUUUAAAUCCGCUGGCGCUAUUUCAGGAUGUCAAGGCGGCUUAUGAUAUGAUUCAUAGUGCGCGGGCUGUGCAGAAGGCUCAUGCGAAGCAACCGGCGCAGGAGAUGGCAAGAUAUGAGACGCGGCAUGAGAGUGGCGAGGGCGCUUAA